GGAUGGGAAAAGUAUGCCUGGGGCGGGCGCCCGCAGAGCAGCCGCGGCAGGAGGCGGGACGCCGAGCUCCGCCGACAGCUUCGCGGUUCCGGAAGCCCCUGGACGUGGCCGAGGCUGCGAGGGUGACCGCCAUGAUCCCUUGGGUCCUCUUGGCCUGUGCCCUCCCUUGUGCGGCAGACCCGCUGCUUGGAGCCUUCGCCCGCAGGGACUUCCAAAAGGGCUCGCCUCAACUUGUCUGCAGCCUGCCUGGCCCCCAGGGCCCACCCGGACCCCCAGGAGCCCCAGGGCCCUCAGGAAUGGUAGGAAGAAUGGGCUUUCCUGGAAAAGAUGGCCAGGAUGGCCAGGACGGGGAUCGGGGAGACAGCGGAGAGGAAGGUCCACCCGGCCGGACAGGUAACCGGGGAAAGCCAGGACCAAAGGGCAAAGCCGGGGCCAUUGGGCGGGCCGGCCCCCGCGGCCCCAAGGGGGUCAGUGGUGCCCCGGGGAAGCACGGCACACCAGGAAAGAAAGGACCCAAGGGCAGGAAGGGGGAGCCGGGCCUCCCAGGCCCCUGCAGCUGCGGCAGCGGCCACGCCAAGUCAGCCUUCUCAGUGGCGGUGACCAAGAGCUACCCGAGGGAGCGGCUCCCCAUCAAGUUUGACAAGAUCCUGAUGAACGAGGGCGGCCACUACAACACGUCCAGUGGCAAGUUCGUCUGCAGCGUGCCAGGAAUCUACUACUUCACCUACGACAUCACGCUGGCCAACAAGCACCUGGCCAUCGGCCUGGUGCACAACGGCCAGUACCGCAUCCGGACCUUCGAUGCCAACACAGGCAAUCACGAUGUGGCCUCGGGCUCCACCAUCCUGGCUCUGAAGCAGGGUGAUGAGGUCUGGCUGCAGAUCUUCUACUCAGAGCAGAACGGGCUUUUCUACGACCCUUACUGGACCGACAGCCUCUUCACGGGCUUCCUUAUCUACGCCGACCAGGACAAUCCCAAUGAAGUGUAGACAGGCAGGUGCUGGGGCUCCAAGGAGGGAACAAGCUCCUGGACUUCUAGAACAAGACCCCUCAGCUCUCUGCCUGGUGGGUGUGGGAACUGCCAGCCUUGGACAUUCCUCCACUGCCCAUUUUUCCCUUCAUCAUUAAAUCCAAGCUUUUUUAUUCAUCCCUCCACCUAUCCAUUCACUCCCUUUCUUUUUUUUUUUUUUUUUAAGUAUCUAUUGUGUGACAGGCAUCAUGCUGUGUUCAGGAAGGUGCAUCAGGGAACAAGACAGACAGAGGCUCUGUCCUUGUGGGACUUCUAUUCUAGUAGGAGAUGCAAUAUACAAAUAAAUAAUCAAAGCAUAUAAUUAC